AAAACUACUCUUCUCAACGAAAGAAAAAUGAAGUCGAUUCAAAAUACUAUCGAUGAGCUUCGCAAACUUUCCGCGGGAAAAUCAUCUGAAGAAGUGCAACGUUUGAAGGAAAUGCAGAAGCACUCGAAAAUGUUUGGCGAGAUUUUUGGAGUCUACGGAGCAACGGUUGGAAAACCAAAGCCAAAAGAGAAGGAGGUCAAAGUUCCGACAAAAGAAAUGACAUUCGAGGAAAAACGAAAGCUUCUCGAGACCACUUUCCCCAAUAAAGUGACUCCGGGGCAGCGUGCCAAAGCACGUGAAACUCUCAAUUUCAUUGCUAACAACCCGGAAAUCUAUGCAAUCGCAUCUCCGCAGGAUCCAUCUUCGAAGGCUAAAACUGAUCCGGUGUCCCGUCCCCAGCUCAAUAUAAUCAGUUCGUUCUCUUGGCCGAUCACUUCCGGCUCGGAUUGGUCUCCACACGGAAGCGAAUUCAACGAUUUGACUGCUCCGAGAGUUGGGAAAUUGACACCGGUCCCCCAGUGGUCCGACAUGAAAAAGUCGUCGUUGAAGCUUGGUACCGAGGACAACUUCUCCAAAAUGUCAUAUGAUCCGGCCUACUCGAAUACUACCCAAUCUCAAUCUGUCACAACUCUCUACAAUGAGACAUCUACCCCAUACUAUGAUGAUUCGGAUUUGGGAACUCCGCUGCAUACUUGUGUUCAAUAAAUAUUUCUAGGCACC